GAGCCUGGGGGCGCAGGCGUCCCCCUUUCUGGUUCAGAGCACCCUCGGCCCGUGCUGGUCUUCUGGACCCAAUAGCCGAGCCCCCCCAAACCGAUCGAUCCGGGCUCCCCUGAGCCCCCCGUGCCACCUUGCCUAUUCGGCUCCUCUACAGGCCCAGGCCUGGGCUUCGCCCUUCCAACGCAACAGGGCAGUUAGAGGUUGCAGGAAUGGGAGCAGAGCGUGCCCACCUUCCACGGGUCCUCCAGUGAGUGACUCUGAAGCUGGCUGUCCUGGGAAAAGCUGCUCUCCCUCUCCAGGCCUCUUGCUGGGUGUCCUAGGGCAACUCACACUCCCUCUCUGGGCCUCCUGGAAGAAGACUCCUCUGGAGAUGAUGAGCUGCGAAUUGCCUCUGGCAGAAGAGAGCAGGAUUUAGACACACAGUCUCUUCCCAGACAUGCGAGGGGACCCCCGACCUCCAUUUCCCCUCCCAAGGAAUAAGGUCGAGUCCAGAAUACUGCGCUAGCUGAAGUGAAAUCCCAACAGGUCAGAAAUGAGUCCCAAAAAGCCCAGGAGGAAGCGCCUGCCCCCCAACAUCAUGCCGAGCCAGACCGAGAGGAAGAUCUUCCCUCCGAUCCAGCAGACGUCACCCAAACAGCUGCGGCCGAACAGGUCCUGGCAGAAGGUAGAGCUCCACGGGGUCAGGGGUCACCGGCCACACCUUCUGCCCAGAGCCAGCACCCUUGGGAGAGGAAGAGGCCAGAAGGAACAGUCCGGGUGGGCGAAGUUGAACACGAGCGUGGGCUCCCUCCCACCCCUGGACUCAUCGGGGAAGGCCAACGUGAGCAGUUCCGGGAAGUGCCGGGCCCGGGCCACCCUCCUCCGGGGCCACGGCCAGAGCCCGCAGGGUGCCCCCUCCCUGCCCCACCAGGGACGUAAAAUGCAGUGCGGUCAGCUGCUCUCUCCCCUCAAGAUGAUGGAAAGCCUUCCCAGGCCCGGCCCCCAGAACCAGGCAUACAAGCUGGACAAGACCGUUCACAGGCCCAGACCCCACAAGGUGCCUCUGACUGGGACAGAGGCCCUGAAAUACUUCAGACACCAGCUGUCGCCUUACGAGCGCGUGGAGGUGCUGAGCUACCAGGAGCUGUGGUUCCUGGGGCUGGGGGCCGACAAACGGCACGUGCUCCCCGACAGGCCCCGGAAGGUCAGCUAUGACGACGAGCACGGAUGCUAUUUAAGGGUCCUGCACGACCACAUCGCCUACCGCUAUGAGGUCCUGGAGAUGAUCGGUAAAGGGGCCUUCGGGCAGGUGGCCAAAUGUCUGGAUCACAAGAACGACGAGCUGGUGGCCAUGAAGAUCGUCCGAAACAAAAAGAGAUUCCACCACCAGGCUCUGACGGAGCUGAAGAUCCUGGAAGCCCUGCGCCGCAGGGAUCGGGACCACAAGGGCAGCGUGGUGCACAUGAAGGACCAUUUCUACUUCCGCAACCACCUGUGCAUCACCUUCGAGCUGCUGGGCAUCAAUUUAUAUGAGCUGCUGAGAAACAACGGGUUUCAGGGCCUCAGCCUCGCCGUGAUUCGCCGCUUCACCCACUCGGUCCUCAAGUGUCUGCAAGUGCUGUACGUGGAGAAAAUCAUUCACUGCGACCUGAAGCCCGAAAACAUAGUCAUCUACCAGAAAGGCCAACUCUCCGUCAAAGUCAUUGACUUUGGGUCGAGCUGCUACGAACAUCAGAGAGUACACACUUACAUCCAGAGCCGCUUCUACCGGUCCCCGGAGGUGAUCCUCGGCCGCCCGUACGACACGGCCAUCGACAUGUGGAGCCUGGGCUGCAUCCUAGCCGAGCUCAACACCGGCUCCCCGCUGUUCGCCGGCGAGAACGAGCUGGAGCAGCUGGCCUGCAUCAUGGAGGUGCUGGGUCUCCCCCCGGUCCACUUCAUUCAGACUUCGUCCAGGAAGCAGACGUUCUUCGAUCCAGAAGGGUUUCCAAAACACAUAACCAACCACAAGGGCAUAACCCACUACCCAGACUCCAAGAAUCUCGCCACGCUGCUCAAGACCUACGAUACGGACUUCCUGGGCUUCCUUCAGGGGUGUCUGAUAUGGGACCCGAGUCUGCGUAUGACCCCGGAGCAGGCCCUCCGGCAUGCCUGGAUCCUAACGCCGAAGACACGCAAGGCCAGGCCCAGCCUCCAGCCCUCAAGGAAGACCAGCUUUCCCCUGGCCACGACGGUCAAGGGGAGGACUGGGAGAGCCCUCAGGACCCCCCCGCAUGAGACCCCAGGCAUGGAGGAAUCACCAACCCUCAUCCUGGCUCCUGCCGGCAACCAGAUGGACACCUCACAGCUGCCCAGACCCUGGCCCACUCAGCCCGAGGAAACCACCGAUGAGCCGGCGGGCACAACGGUCCAGGGGGGAAGCAGCCUCGGGUCCUCUCCCUUGGACACGCCAGACUUACUGCCGCCCAUUUGAUGACCCUUCGCCCCAUUCUCCCGUGACCACUGACCUGUCCCCUCCACUCUUCUCACCACCUGGACGGCUCAGCCCAGGGAGGCAUUUUAGUUUGAACUGCUACAUUAAACGGAUGUCCCCUGCA